CUGAACCCUAACCCGAUAUUUUUGCAAGGGCAGAUUGCAAACUAAUAACAGACAGGAGGGGUAUUUAGGGCAAGUGGUUAAAAAUGUCGCCUGGUAUAUUAUAGCUUGGCUUCCACUGCGCAGCCCUCUCUCUCCCUCGUCGAGGUCUACGCUUGGGUCUCCUUUUUCUCAAAAUCUUUUCCCAAUUCUAUUAAGCUCGCUAACCGUUUUGCUUUGCAGACUUUCCAAACCCUAAUCUUAAAACCCAAAUCCACCUUCUCACAGCCUCGCAGAACAUGGGAGAAACAAGGGACAACGAUGCAUACGAGGAGGAGCUUCUCGACUACGAGGAAGAAGAAGAGAAAGCCCCUGAUUCUGUUGCUGCCAAAGUCAAUGGCGAAUCAGCCAAGAAGGGGUAUGUCGGAAUACACAGUUCGGGAUUCAGAGACUUCCUUUUGAAGCCUGAGCUUCUACGGGCAAUUGUGGAUUCAGGAUUUGAGCAUCCUUCUGAAGUUCAACACGAGUGUAUCCCUCAAGCUAUCUUGGGCAUGGAUGUCAUCUGCCAAGCCAAAUCUGGGAUGGGGAAGACUGCUGUUUUUGUUCUGUCUACUCUCCAGCAAAUUGAACCUACGACUGGCCAAGUUAUUGCUCUUGUUUUAUGUCAUACUAGGGAGUUGGCUUAUCAGAUCUGUCACGAGUUUGAGAGGUUUAGUACCUAUCUGCCUGAUACUAAGGUUGCUGUCUUCUAUGGUGGUGUCAAUAUCAAAACUCACAAAGACUUAUUGAAAAAUGAGUGCCCACAUAUUGUUGUUGGGACACCUGGAAGAAUACUGGCACUAGCGAGAGAGAAGGACCUCUCGUUGAAGAAUGUGAGGCAUUUUAUACUUGAUGAAUGUGAUAAGAUGCUUGAAUCGCUUGAUAUGAGGAGAGAUGUGCAGGAAAUCUUCAAGAUGACUCCUCAUGAUAAGCAAGUUAUGAUGUUUUCUGCAACACUCAGCAAAGAAAUCCGCCCAGUUUGCAAGAAAUUUAUGCAAGAUCCGAUGGAAAUUUACGUUGAUGAUGAAGCCAAGUUGACCCUCCAUGGUCUUGUACAGCACUACAUCAAGUUAACUGAGCUGGAGAAAAACAGAAAGUUGAAUGAUCUUCUCGAUGCACUGGACUUCAAUCAAGUUGUCAUCUUUGUUAAAAGUGUGAACAGAGCAGCUGAGCUGAACAAGUUACUUGUGGAGUGCAAUUUUCCCUCGAUUUGCAUUCACUCUGGGAUGUCCCAAGAAGAAAGGUUGACGCGCUACAAAGGAUUCAAGGAGGGGCAUAAAAGGAUUCUUGUUGCUACAGAUUUGGUUGGUAGGGGAAUUGAUAUUGAACGGGUCAAUAUUGUUAUCAACUAUGACAUGCCAGAUUCUGCUGACACUUACUUGCACAGAGUUGGUAGAGCUGGUAGGUUUGGGACUAAAGGGCUUGCAAUUACGUUUGUUUCAUCUGCUUCUGACUCUGAUGUACUAAAUCAGGUUCAGGAGAGGUUUGAGGUAGACAUAAAGGAGCUUCCUGAGCAGAUUGAUACAUCUACGUACAUGCCAUCAUAAUGAAGGUCAGAACAAUUCUUAUCGGUGGUAGAGGCCAUUUUGAUAUGUUAUUUGUUCAACAUACUAUUUAGUGCUUAUGUUGGUCCUUGGGACACAUGCUCCACUUGAUGGAUUAUUGUAGACUUGAAACUCGAGGGGCCCUGCGCAUGGGAAAUGUAGAAGUAGACUUUACUAGAGUUUCUCGGAAAAUUCUAGCCUCAGUUUAUGUUGUUGAUACCUAAUUCAGAUUUACUGGUGAUGUGGCCAUAAUAGUUGAGUUGUGCGUAGUUAACUGAGAUUGAAUUAUUUUUAUUACGUAAUGGGCCAUUUGUCAUCGCUUGUGAUUUUUAUUUUUUAGUUCUGACUAUUUGGUUAGCCUGUUUGUAAAUUACCUGUGUUGGAACUCGUCAUGCAGGAUGAUGAUCUUUGUAGUAUGCAGUUGUGUUCCUAUUUUGCAAGUUCCCAAGUAAAGUUAUGUUUUCAAAUUGAA